AAAUGAAAUAUAAUUUCACAAAAUUAACAUAUUGUUUAUUAUAAUAUAUUCAUAUUUAUAAUGUUAUUUAACAAUACAACUUUUUGUAUCUAGUACUCAGUGUGGGAUAAUUAAUAACAAAAUAUAGUAUAUAUUUCUGUAAUUGUAAAAUAAUGAAGACAUGAGGUAACGUCAUAAAGAUGAUCUAAUUUGGAGCUCUCUUGUAAAUAAUUAAUAAUUUGUGGGAACAAUUUGGUGAAUUGUACAUUUUGUAAGAAUGAAUGGAGAGGCAGAGUAUAAUGUUGCCUCUAGGUAUAGGACAGUUAGAAAACAUCUGGAUAAUUUGGGAUACAAACAAGCACUGUCACUGGAUGCUUUACCUCUGAUAGAAACUUUACUGGCUGAUCUUGUGCAGACUACAGAUAGUCUGAAACAUUUCAAGGCAAUCGCUCAGCAGAAUAUUGAGGAACAUAGUCAGUUGCAAUUGACAGUUGAUCCCUACAAAUGUGAGAAUGCAAGAUUAGUGCAAGAAUGUAAUCAGCUUCACUCGGAUCUGAUAGAAACUAAAGAGGCACAUCAGAAACAAAUCAAGGAUUUUAAGAAGCAGAUACAUAAGUUAGAAUAUGAAUGCAAUGAUUUGCAAUUGGCAUCUUCGCGUAACAUUCAUAAGAUAAAAGAGCUGGAGACAGAGUCAGCUGCCAAAUCUAAGAAGAUAUUAGAACUUCAAGGCAAAUGUUUAAAGCCAACUAUUCUUAAUGUGGGAUUUUCUGCUAAGAAGCGUCCCUGUUUUCCUCUUAGAAGACCUGUCUUAGAAGCUGAGCCAAUGCCAAGGGCAAAGAGCAGUAGCUCACUGCCAAAAUUAAGCAGCGUCGAGCCCAAGAUAAUAGAUAUAGUAAGCAUGGCAGAUCACAAGCUGAACUGUUUGAAUCAGGAGGUAACAAAAUUAAGAGGGGAGCUUUUAUUGCAAACAGAUACUAUAGAGACUCUUGAAAAACAGUUAGCUACAAAAGAAAAAGAAAUAAUUCGACUGAGAAAGAUGUUGGAAGGCGGACGUUCCUAUGCCGCAGUUAGCAAAGAUUGCACUUGUUACAGGAAAAUAGAAAAGAAAAUUGGGGCUGCUCAUGAUGCAGAAAUUAGUGAAGUGAGGGUUCUUCAACAUGCCAAACUAGAAUUGGAACAACAAUUAAAAGAAUCUCUAAGUAAACAGCACGACGCCAUGUCCCAGGCGAUGAAGCUAGCAAAACGAAAUGAGGAAUUGGAAAAAGAAUUGAGAGAUAUAGAUCACGUUGCGUUAGCUGUACAGGCUGAUUGCAAUUCUGCGGUUAAAGAUAAUAAUAUAAGAGUUUGUAGACUUCAGGAAAAGUUGGAGGAUGCCAUGACACAGGUACAUGUCUUAGAACGCGAGUUAACUGUAGAACGUAGAGGGGUACAGGAGUUGAGAGCGGAUCUAGAAUCUUGCAAGCUUGAAAAACGUAAUGUCCAACGUACUAUAGAAUCUAUGUUAGAUGAAAAGAAACAAAUGUCUGAUAGGAUCAAUCAACUUGCAAUCAUUGAAAAAAGAUUAAAUGAUGAGAUGGAAAGACUGACUAAAGAAAACGAAUACCAAACACAAGCAUUUAAGAACCAUACAAAUGAAAUAGACCAUCAGACAAUAAUUAGAGAUAGAAAAGUUGUAAAAAAUACAGACAAUCUUGACAUGCAAAGUCUGCUUGUUGAAGCGGAAUUAAAAAUUGUCUCUUUACAACAGUCGAUCCAGCAAUUGGAGGCAGAACGAGAUCAUUACAAGAAGGAAUACAUUAAUUGUCGAAAUGAGCAACGCAGAGCUUCUGACAAAGAUGUUGACUUACAGCCACUAAUAUGUGAAUUGAAGUGUAAAUUAAACAGCAUGGAGCAAGCUUUAAGAGAAACACAACGGAAGAAAGAAGAAUUUUAUUAUCAAAAAUUGGAUCUGGAAACACGAUUGGAAACUUACAAGGAUCAGCAGAAGCAGGCAUAUGUCCCUUGUAGAUCGUGUAAACCUGUCCAUACAUGUAUCUGUGUGUCUGAUUCGUCGAUGUCUGCUGAAAGCAUCAGCGCAAGAAAGACAAUGUUCGAACGUCUGGAACGAGAACGGAAUACAGCCAGAGCAGAUGUUGAACGACUCAUAGAUGAACGUGAUGCAUUGAGGGAGAGACUUAAGAUGACGUCAGAAGCACAUACGUGUGAACAGCUUCGUCUCAAGGAAAGUUUAGUCGAGGCGGAGACACGAUUGAAACAUAUAGAGAAAGAACGACAAGAUCUAUUGGUCACUCAGGGUACGAAGAGGGCGACGAUAAGCGGUCUCGAGGACCAAUUGGGCGAUGUGCAAGAGGAACUGCGCCGUACAAAACAAGAAUUAAUGGCACAACGGACGCAAUAUUUUCAACUACGAACGCUGCAAGAUCAAACGGAUCAAACACUUGGGGAUGUUCAGGGUCAACUGUCGCAGACAGAAUCGGAAUUGAACAAAGCUAUAGACCGCAAUAAAAGUAUGGAGCAUCAACAAACGCAGUUGAAUGAUCAAAUCAAGGAGCUGAAGCAAGAAAUUAAUAAUCUGCGCGCGAACAUGGCACUUUUGGAUCAAGAGAAGGAUCGAUUAUUGAUGGCAUUGGACGAGAAAACGGAAAAGAUCGCUGCAUUGGAACGAGAAUUGAAGUACAAAGAUCAAGAAACAGACGGGAUACAACUACAAAUCCACGAUUUACAGCAUAAAAACGAAAUCUGCAUCGAUCAGAGCGCGGAACGGGAACGUCAGCUGAAGUCGCUGCAGUUGGAGAUGGAGACGUUGCACCGGCAGUUCAAGGCCGCGUCGACGGACCGCGAGAACGCGAUCCAGGAGAACCGAAAGCUGCAGGACGACCUCGCGGCGAUGACCUGCGAGGUGCAGAACCUGCAACGCGAGCUGGAUACCUCGCGUGCCGAGUGCCACGAUCUCAAGAGGCAGCUCCAGACUUACGUCAGCGAGGUACGCCGGGCCGAAGAACUUCUCAAUCGAAAGGAGAACGAGAGAACGGAGAUGCUGAACCAUUUCCGCAGUCUUAGCUUAGAGGCGACAGUCUUGGAAAACAGUAACCACAGCUUAGAAUCCGAGGCGGCAGAGGCUAAAGGUGCCCUUCAAAACGCGAGGCAUCAGAUAGCCGAUCUGGAGCGUCAACUCGGCGACAGGGAGUGUUUGAUAAAAGGCUACGAGACACAGAUAAGCAAUCUAACGCAAAGCGUCGCCAGCAUGGAAACGCAGCUGCGGCAGCAGAUCGAACAGAGGCACCGAGCCGAGGCCGAUUUAUUAGCGGUCAGGGACCUAUGCGUGAAGCUGGAUCAACAGAAGGACACGCUUGUGGAGCAACUCGGCGACAAAAAUACCAUAAAAGAACAUUACGAGGCGCAAGUGUCGAGGCUGAAAGCCGAGCAGAGUAUCGUGCAGGAACAGAUGAGCAGGGAUCGGGUGACCGUGGAACGACUGGAGACUCUUUUAGAUCAGGCUAGGCAGGAGUCCAUCAGCGCGCAGACGAAGAAUCAGGAGCUGCAGAACGAAAUCUGCAGAUUGAAGCAGAAAAUCUCCGAGCUUCAAAGUAAACUAUCAUCGGAAUCCGCAGAGCUUAGGCAGUACCAGAAUCAAGCGGCGGAGUACAGCAAACAGAUCAGCGAGCUCCGUAGACAGGUGACGAAUGAGAGGUUCGACCGUGCAAGGAAGGAGGAACAGAGUCGCAGGUCGCUAAAUUCAAGUCCGGACAGUUUCAAUGUAGAUUUAAAUGUAAGUACUACAUAUAUUUGAUGUCUCUUGGUCCAUAGAUAAUUGCAAAAUGAAUAAAGGAUAAGAUCGUCGAUGGAGAAGUAUGAAGACACUGCAAAAGAAUUUGCGGAUGCACGAAGAAAAAUGCGUCAUGACAAUCGUGUGAAUGUUAAACGCGCACGCGAAUAUAUAUAUAUAUAUAUAUAUAUAUGCAGACACUUUAGAGUACCUGGAACCUGGAGUGUUCAAAUUAAUUAUAGCAAGCCUUCAUUAAAGGUUAAAUACACGGCACCUUUAAUCGGGUUUAAUAACAUCCGUAGUUGUAAGACUGGCCAAUCACAGCCGUUCCAUUCUUCAGGGGAAUGGCUGUGAUUGACCAGUUUUACAACUAUAGAUGUUAUUAAACCUGAUUAAGGGUGCCGUGUAAAUGUACUCAUAGAUACAAAGCUUUCUAUUUUCAUUCUUCUGUGAGCUAAGAGAAUCUUUCCAAAAUGAGUCGAGUAAGCAAGACAUGAAAAAAGUAUUUUAAAAAAAAAUGUUUGUACUUUUAAGAAGCUACAUUGAAUACUAUGGUCUGAUUUUAAAAUAUACUAAAUUUUACAAAAAAUAAUGUACCUCAACAUUAUUCCUACUUAAGUUGCGAAGAGAUUGUGCGAUUAAAAAUAAUAUUACAAAGGAUCGAACAAGAAACAUUAUUUGUAUGCGAAAGAUAAGCAAUGCAUGUGCAUGUAAAAAUAAAACAAAAGAUAAAGUAUUAUAUGUCAAUGAUUUUAAUGGUACUAGCAAGAGAAAAAAAGAUUGUUAUUCUAAUAUUAUAUUUGUACUUAAAUUGUAAGAAAAAUUUAAUAAAAGCUUGAGCAUUCUCAGGAUCUUCGACAAAAAUGUAUUUAUAUAUAUAAUGUAUAAUAAGAAGUAAUAUUAUGAGAUAUUACAUAUUGAGAUAUAUAAAACAAACAUUGAAAAGAAUGAUUAAAAGAAAAGUGAG